GUCGCUGUGUGCCACCCACAUCAACUCGUUCAUAAAAAAAAUGGGCUCAGAAAGUGCCACAGGGCUUGGACUCUCCAUCCUGAGCAGACACGACAGCCCAAAGUGAGGAGUGGUCCAGUCCCUGGCCCCUGGAAGACCUCCUCAAUGAGACAGCCCUCCCACUUCAUUCUGCAGGAGUCAGGAUGGAAAAGCAGAUGUGAAGUCCCUCAUGGCGAAGUUUAACAACGGGGGCAACCCCACGGAGGAGGUCUCAGUCAACAGCCGGCCCUUCAAGGUCCCGGGACAAAACUCCCCUUCAGGAGUCCAGGCCAAAAAGAACUUGUUCAACAACCAAGGAAAUGCAAGCCCUCCUGCAGGACUGAGCAACGUGCCCAAAUUUGGAUCCCCCAAGCCACCUGUGGGGGUGAAACCUUCUCCUGAGGAAAAGCCUGACAAGGAGCCCAAGCCCCCAUUUCUAAAGCCAACGGGAGUGAGUCCCAGGUUUGGACCGCAGGCUAACUCGGCCACCAGAGACCCCGAGGUGAAAGCAGGAUUUCUGAAACCUGUAGGCCCCAAGCCCAUCAACUUACCAAAAGAAGAUGCCAAACCUGCAUUUCCCUGGCCUCCUGGGACUAAACCUUCACUUCCCAGUGUAAACCAAGACCAUGACUUAAAACCAGGCCCCAAGCCGGGGUCAAUGCCUCCAGCCCUGGAGAGUGAACCAAAACAAGUCCUGUCAAAGUUGGCUGGGGCAAAAGGCAAAUUUCUGUCAGCCUCACAAGAUCUGGACCCCAAGCCUCUCUUCCCUAAACCUGUCUUUGGCCAGAAGCCACCCCUGGGCAACACAGAGGAUGCCCAGGAAGACGAGAGCCCCGCCAAGACUGCGGCUCCCCAGAGAGGGCCCCUGGCCCCCCUGGCAGCCAAGGCCAAGCCUGGCCCUUUGAAACCAGCCAGGGAAGAGCCAGAGAAUAAAGAGCAUGGGGGUGAGACGUCAGUAUCUCCUUUUCCUGGAGUUGUUCUGAAACCUGCUGCAAACAGAGGGACUCCCGGAGGCCUCCCCAAAAAUACUGAAGAGAAAAGAGAAGAUAGGAAGUUGGACGCUGCUAAGAAUGUCUUCCUGAGCAAAAUCACUCAGGAAGAGUCAGCCUCUGGGGCUCCUCCUGCCAAGUUCUUGAAGACCCCUUCAAAGCUGACAUCGACAGGGCCCUGGAGCCAAAGUCAAGACAAGGAAAAGGGGGACAAAAAUUCAGCGACCCCCAAGCAGAAACCUCUGCCUUCCUUGUUAACCCUGGGACCCCCUCCACCAAAACCCAGCAGACCACCCCACGUUGACCUGUCAAAAUUCCGAAAAGCCACAUCUGGAAACAGUACCAACAAAGGACCAAUGGCUUUCUCAACAACUGCCCUACCACCACCUCCACCAUCCCAUCCAGCCAGCCAACCACCAUUGCCAGCGUCUCACCCAACACAAUUGCCAGCCCCAAGUCUACCUCCCAGAAACAUUAAACCUCCCUUAGACCUCAAAGGCCCUGUAAAUGAAGAAAAUCAAGAUAGUGUCAUGCACUCUGAUGGUACUGGAAAUCUAGAUGAGGAACAAGAGAGUGAAGGAGAAACAUAUGAAGACAUAGACACAUCCAAAGAAAAAGAGAAGAAAAGGGAAAAGGAGGAAAAGAAGAGAUUAGAGCUGGAGAAAAAAGAACAGAAAGAGAGAGAAAAGAAAGAACAAGAAAUAAAGAAGAAAUUUAAACUAACAGGCCCUAUUCAAGUCAUCCAUCAAGCAAAAGCUUGCUGUGAUGUCAAAGGAGGAAAGAAUGAACUGAGCUUCAAGCAAGGAGAGAAUAUUGAAAUAAUUCGCAUCACAGACAACCCUGAAGGAAAAUGGCUGGGCAGAACAGCCAGGGGGUCAUAUGGCUAUAUUAAAACAACAGCUGUAGAGAUUGACUAUGACUCCUUGAAACGGAAAAAAGGCUGUCUCGGUGCUCUUUCAUCAAGACCAUUUGAAGAUGACCAGGAAGUGUAUGAUGACGUUGCAGAGCAGGAAAAUGUUAGCAGCCACAGUCAGAGUGGAAGUGGAGGGAUGUUCCCACCUCCCCCAGAUGAUGAUAUUUAUGAUGGGAUAGAAGAGGAGGAUGCUGCUGAUGGCUCCACACUACAGGUUGAAGAGAAGAGUAACACCUGGUCCUGGGGGAUUUUGAAGAUGUUAAAGGGAAAAGAUGACAGAAAGAAAAGUAUACGAGAGAAACCUAAAGACUCUGAGUCAGACAAUGAUGAAGGUUCAUCUUUCCCUUCUCCUCCUAAACAAGUGGACAUGGGAGAUGAAGUUUAUGACGAUGUGGAUGCCUCUGAUUUCCCUCCUCCCCCAAUAGAGAUAAGUCAAGGACCCAAGACCAAAGCCGAAGAAAAAGACCCUAAGAAGCUAAAAAAGCAAGAAAAAGAAGAAAAAGACUUCAGGAAAAAAUUUAAAUAUGAUGGUGAAAUUAGAGUCCUCUAUUCCACCAAAGUUGCACCCUCCUUAUCUUCUAAAAAGUGGGGCAACAGAGAUCUACAGAUAAAGCCUGGAGAAUCUCUGGAAGUUAUACAAAACACAGACGAUACAAAAGUUCUCUGCAGGAAUGAAGAAGGAAAAUAUGGUUAUGUCCUUCGGAGCUACUUGGUGGACAAUGAUGGAGAGAUUUAUGAUGAUAUUGCUGAUGGUUGCAUCUAUGACAACGACUAGCUCUCAGUUUUGGUCAUUCUGCUACGUUCAUUUGACAUCAGUGUGAAGUCUGGAUUUUAAUUGGCCUGUGUUAUCGAGUAUCAUAGAAAAUGAAUGCACAAAGCUACUUAGUACUUUUGUUAAAAAAUUCCAAAUUACUUUUAUACAUCUUGAAAUUUUGCACUUGGAAAGUGAUAGCUCUGCCUAAUCAACAUCUUAGAAGACUGCAUUUAUGAGAUGUAAGAAAUAUUAAAAACCCAGUUCUGCCUCAGCUACAAUGAAGGCACUUCUUUUAGUCCAUCAAUAGACAACUCUUCCUAAAAAAAUCAUUUGAGAAGAAAUGACUGUGUUGUCUAAAGAAACAUAAAGAACAACAAAAAAUAAAUGGAAGGAAAUUUUUAGACUUUUCCUAAGAGGGAAAACUAUUGUUUGUACUUCUAAUGAUCAUAUCUUAUAUUCUCCAUUCAAAUUACCUAGCUUUUAAAAGGCAGGGCUAUCUCCUCUCUUAUUGGUGGGUUAGAUGUUUUUAAAAAUGAAAGUAGUAGUGGAACUUUUGUAUAAAGUUUGUCUCUAUUUGUUAAUUGUGAAUAUGUUUUAAUUAUUUGAUGAGAAUGUAUGCAAUUCCUAUACACACCUAAGAUUAAAAUGGUGGAAGAGUCUAAAAUGUUUUCUUUUUGUAGAAUUGUACGCUAACAGUAUAAUUCUGUUUAAAGUGCUAUUGUAAGUAGAGUGGAUAUGAAUGAAGACUACCCUAAAAUUAUGAAGAAUGAAGUUUGAAAGUAACUAGGCUUUAAUGCACCUCUUUUCUAUGAAGCCUCUUUUAAAGGUUUUUGUUUUUCAAUUACCUCUAUGGAAAAAAAUUUAAACCAUUUUACUGGAAAGCUGGCCAACAGAGGGAAUAUAAAUUAAUAAAUCUUAGCGUUUGGGCUGUGUUUCCUAUUAGUACAUACUCAACCAAAAACAACCCCAAAACAAAAUGUGAAUCAUUUGGGUUCCAAAUGCUAAGAACACUAAACAUGACACAAACUGAGGAGACCUAACACCCAAGAAAAGAGUAUAUUAGGAAACUUUUUUAACUUCAACCCACUCCAGUAUUCUUGCCUAGAAAAUCCCAUAGACAGAGGAGCCUGGCAGGCCACAGUCCAUGGGGUCGCAAAAGAGUCAGACAGGACUUAGUGACUAAAACAAAAUAUGAAUUGAGCAAAUCCCAAUACUGGCUCUGCUAUUAAUGAACCUUGAUGUGAUAUUGGAUAAAUUAUUAAUCCUCCUCCUAUUAAUAGUUAUCUCAUUUGCAAAUUUCAGGGUUAGACUAAGUCAGUUUUUCCCAAUGUUUUCACUAUCAGUUAACUUCUAUAAUCUUCCUCUGCCCUAGCCCUGUGUUUUAGAAGCUUUUGCUGAUUUUUAAAACUCAGUGAUGAAAUAAUGAUUAAUGCAUUAUCCAUGGUUUAAUAUUUCAAAGGCCCACCCAUUGGAGAGUCUGAAGAGUAGCCCCUCUGAAUUGAAAUAACUCCAAGUAAUUGUAAAAGAAUUCAAAGUCUUCAUAUGGGUUAAGUGGGAUUUCUACUAGGUACUUUGAAAUGUAAAAAUAGAUUAUCAACUACUAUAGUUCCAUGUAUAGAUUCUGGUAGUCUGAGGCCCCCAGGUUAGAAGACACUGAUCUUAAAAGGCCCCUUCCAAUUAUGAAAUAUUUUGAUGUCUAAUUUUUGAUAGAGGGAGCCAGUAUUUGCUCAUGUGAUGAAUUUACUUUAAAACCAGAUAAAAUUACAUCAUCCAAAUGUGGUUUUUGUUUGUUAAAUCAGGUAACAAAUAUACAGAAUACACUGACAGUGGGUUUCCACUAAUUUUUUCUUCUGAUUGAGAAUAGUAUAAACUCAAUACAAUGUCAGUUUUAAAAAUGCUAAAUUAUAUCAAGAGAAUCUUUUAGAAUUUUGGUUCAUACACAAAGAAACAGAUACAUGCCUGUGAAAGAUUUAUAUAAUAGGUAAUUGCCUUAAUAUAAAGGAAAUAUCUGAAGUAUUAAUUUUAAUAUACUAAAUAUUAUUUGUUUUGGUUUUACAUAAGGAAUUUUGUCAUGUGAGAAGAGUGACAAAUAAAUAAUACCUUUAGCAGAUAA